AUGACACAACCGUCUCGCCCCCGUCACCUCCCCGAGAGCGAACCUUGCUCAACAGAUCCCUCUCUGUCUUCCGCCUCCUCUCCUCCGUCUUUCUCGUCGGAGUCGUCUUCUCCUGUCUUUGUCAUCCGGCCGCCCACGGAAUCCGACUUUUCGGACUCUGAGGCCGCGGAGCCAGGCGUGGCCUUCAAACCGCCGUCUGCGCUUGACUCUUUUCCUCUGCCGCCUUCGUCGACUCUUGCUUCGGAUCCUGGCGCGCCGCAGUCGCCACCGUCGCCUCCCUCCUCCGAGCAGGCUCUCGAGGCGAGGUUUCCCUCGUUUGCCUCCCUCGAUCUCCACCCCGUGCUGGUGGAGCGGCUGAAGCAGCUGCAGGUCGAGGCUCCAACGGCGACGCAAGUCAGCGCGUUUCUCCUCAUCGACAAGGGACGCGACUGCGUGAUUGUGGACCGAACAGGCACAGGAAAGACGCUCGCGUACCUUCUCCCGUUUAUGAACAAAAUCUACAAGCUGCACGACCUCCUGCUGCAUGCGCAGAUCGGUCCUGGCGAGGCGGCCGUCGGCCGCGCACGAGCGGCGACUGAAGGAGACGGGACGUGCGCGGACGGCGAGUGCGAGAGGUCGCUUUCUCGCCCCGCAGACGAGGCAGCCGCCGCUCCAGGGAUUCUUGGGAGAGACAGUGCGCAGCUACACGAACGCGACGCGUCCCUAGUGAAAGCCAAAUCCGUGGGACGCAUGCUCCAAGACCAGCUGAUGCGGCGCCAGGAUGAGGUCCUGGCGCGUCACGCGGCGCUCUCGCCCACGCCGCAGGUCUGGGAAUGUCUCCGCUCAGCCUCUCGCGGGUCUUCGUCACCUGCUGCCCUGGCCGAGCCGAACGCUCCCCCGUCUCUCCACGACGACGCGCUGCAGGCCGCGGGGCUCUCCCCCGACAGCCCCAACCCCCUCGGAUCUCUCCGCCCCGCCGUCCUGCUCCUCCCCACCCACGACAUGGUCAUCGACACUCUCCACACUCUUAGACGGCUGGACGUUCUCGGCCGCAUGCAAAUUCAGUGCCUCAGUGGAGUCGAGCGAAACGUCCGGGAGCGCACCGCCGGCGCGACAGACGCGCGCGACGUGCAGGAGCUGCGUCGAAAGUUCCGGCGGCCCGAUGCUGCGGAGGCGCACAUGGACGGAGUCGCUGGAGACGCGGUCGCAGCAGAGUUAGGGGACGGAGCCCGCGACCCGUUUUCAGAGAGAGCGAGGAGAGCUGGGACGGCUGGAGGGCGAGAGAGCGCGGAGGAAUCACGCAAGAGCUGGGCGAGUGCGACGGUUAGCGGGCGCGGCGAGAGGGACCGAGAGAGGCGCGAGGGAGACGCAGAAGAUGGGCUCGAAGGUGAAGCGGACGAGAGUGCUGACCAAGUAGUGUGGCAAGGCCAGGUUCUCCGGAGGCCGCGGCUAACUCCCGACGGGAAGUUGGUGACGGAGACGCGCCCCUUCAGCCAGAAGAAGAUCAAAAACAUCCACGAGGUCCACGUGCUCGGAAGUGAACGGUCGGGCGUUCGCGAAUCCUGGCGGAGUCAAGCGCUGCGCGGCGACGGCGCCGACAAGGGUGCAAACUCGCACAGGGCGGAGACCGCUCCGGACGGCAGGAGACGCCAAGGGUGCGAUGAAAGCGACGACGAACCUGCGAUUCAAGUUUGCAGCCUCCCCGUCCUUCAUAAACCACGCAUCAGAUGGGGCGCCGUCGACCUGGUCAUUUCCACGCCGCACCUCUUUCUAGAGGAUGUCGAGCGGUUCCGCGGGGAAAACCUCCAGCCAUCAAUGUUGAUUUUGGACGAAGUGGACGAUCUGCUCCGCGCACGGGCGUCGCGAACUCUUCUCAUGGACAUCCUCGGCUACUGCAGGCCUCGCGUACCCAUUCCGGCGCCUCACACUGCCAAACCCGCCCUCCCCGACUUCCGGCCCUGCCAAGUGAUCUUCUCCGGCGCGACGCUUGCGUCCCUCGGGCCGUGUAGUCCGGGGGUCAUGAUAAUCGAGCGCUUCGGCAACGCCUUCGAGGUUUCCCCGCGCUCUCGGCACCAGCUGCGGGACGAGGUGAAGCAGCUGUGGAUCCGACUCAAUGCGGAACGCGUCGGAGAACUCCUUGCCCUCGCCCAGCCUCCCUGGCGAGCGGCUGAGCCCCACGAAGAAGACAAGGAGACCAGGACCGCGGGAGGGCACGUGAACCUGGGGAGCACUGGCUCCGCAGGCGACGAAGUGGGCGUCGGCGGUCGGAGGCGGCGCAUCAAGGGCGGCUUAAUCACGGGCUCCGCCCUGGCCGAGGAAAGGAAGAAGGAGUUUCUCCUCUUGGGUGGGAACCUUCCCGUCUACUUGAAGCGGCGAAACCAGCCGAGCGACGAGGCCGUCGCUCUGGCGUCACGGCUCGUGGCCGAGACCUCGCCGCACACGAACGUGCAGCGGAAACUGAGACAACAGGUGUCCUGGGAUCACCGCGUCGAUAUCCUUCUCGGCCUCCUCGCUGCCUUCCCUGUCGAGAGGACAGUCGUCUUCGUGAACUCCGUCGAGCGCUGCAUCCGCCUCUUUGAUUUCUUCCGGGACCGAGCCUGGCCAGUCGUCAGCUUCCACCGCAAGAUGUCCAUGAAGCACCGCACCCGCGCCCUCGCGCGACUGCUCGCGGCCCCCGCGCGAGACAGCAAACCAGAGAGCGAUAGCGACACGGACGUCGACGAAGACAGCGAAGGCGAACGCUUCGGAGACUUCCGGGACCGGCUGGGCCGACCCAGAGGCCAGGCCAGCGACCGAGAGCUUCUUCCGGCUUCACUCAUGAUCGCCACAGACCUCGCGUGUCGGGGCCUCGAUUUGCAGGGCGUGCAGCAUGUGAUCAAUUUCGACUUCCCAACGGAUGCACUGGCCUACAUUCACCGGGCUGGACGGACCUGUAGGCGGCCGUCUUCGUCGCGCAGCGUGGACGCCGCAGAGGAGCGCAGGUCCGGGUUUUGUCUGGUUAGCAAUCUGGUGAGCGACGACGAUUUCCCUCUCGCGUCGUCUCUGUACUUUCUGCAAAAAGAAAAUCAAAACCUAGAAAGCACUUUCAGUCGGAAGGCAUCCUUCAAGGCGCGUUACAUUCGCCACAGAGAGGCGGAGAAGAAGCGAAAGGCGGAGGCGGGCGAACAACAGAGGCAGCGAGGCGCGGGGAGCGCUGAAGGCGAAAACGAAGCCGCGGACCUCAACAAGGGCGCCUACGUCGAUGACAUCGAACAGCUGUGGAACCAAAUGUACCGCAUGCAGUUCGCGCGGAAGGCACGCGGGGACCGAGAGCGGCGCGAACGAGGCGCAGAAAACGGGGUGGCGAGGACGCCGCGCGAGCGGCGCGGUAGGGGCGUUGCGGAGGAAGGCGCAGAGGAACCACAGGAACGCGGAGAAAGAGGACGCACGGGGGCAGAACCGAAGACACCUCCAGCUGGUAGCUCACCCGAGGCAUCUGCGGCAUUAUGCAGAGGCACAGGGAAACGGCGUCGACGCCUGCGUGGCCAACUGGCAGAACGGGUAUGCCCUAAAGGCGGGUUUCUGAGUUACCGCGAGGCGGAAGCGCGGAGGAGGCAACGGCUUGUUGACCGUUUGUUGACGGGAGCUGUAUGGAGUGAAGACGGCAGGACGGCAUGCAUCGAGGCGCCCCGGUCUUUUUUUGAGGACGAUGAGGAGGCCGCGCUAGUUGGCAUAGCGGAGCAAAGGGGAGACCGUGGGCCGCGCGGCUCUUUCGGGUCGGACGGGCUCCUCCGAAAAAGGGGCGGAAGCUCCCCAGGUGCCCACGUGACGCACCCUGCCCCAGGCGGUGGCAGGCGCGGCGAGGAACAGACUCGGCUAGCUUGUGAGGGGAAGGCGCACGGCGCGAGUACCCUCCCCGAGGCGGAGGCCGACGGAGACGGGGAAGCCGAGCAAGGUCAACGCUGCACGGGCGCAAGGCACUCCGAGCGUACUUUGCAUCCAGGUGGAAACAGAGUGCGAGCUUUAGGGACCAGUCGAGCGCUGCAAAUGCGGGCGGCACUGUUUGACGAUGACAGCGAGGACGAAGACAACCUGCAUGCGCGUGCGUAUUCUGCGCAGCUGUCUCCCGAUUCAGCUUCUUCGCCCUCUCUAUAUCGCUCCUCGGCCAUGACGCUAGACGGGACCUCACGGGAUGCGAGAGACGCAGACGCUGCUGGGUGUAGCGUCGGCGCGCCGGAGCGCGCUGCGGAGGAGGCACGGCUCUCUGCAGGCCGCGAAGUGUGGACUGAAGAGGAGUACGACAAGUUCGUCGUGAGACGGUUUGAGGCUUACCAGGACGGUUGCCGAAAUCGAGCUCGGGGUCACGACCCCCGUCUCGCGUCGGUGACUCGGCUCCACCAGAAGGCAGCGGAGAUGAGGACCAAGAUGCUCAUGAAUAAUUUCGGCGCCAGUGACGACUUCUUUGACGAAGAUCUCAAAGUGUAG